AUAGUGACUCCCCUUUAAAAGAUGUGGGAUGCGACGUGUGUCAUCCGGCCCUGUCCCCUCUGGAGGAGGAGAGUCUAGAUAGACGUAUAGAUUGGCCAAAUAAAUAAACAAACGACAGGGGGAGAAAAAGGAAAUUCCUUUCUGCCUUUUCCUCUUCCCGAGCAUCUUGCUCUGCGCAGUGUUGGCGACACCACCGGGGAGCGGUGCGCAUAUCCCUUCGAUCUGAGAAGAGGACCACAGCAUCUGAAGCGGCAUUACUGAGCCAAAACGGACAAAUCUAAGAGGAUAGAAAAACCACAAUCGGACAACCAAGGAGGGCAUUGUGGGUUGUCUUAUUUUGAAAACCCUUUGAUGCACUGACUCGGGAGGAGACAGCCAAACCCUAUGCCCCCUCCAAACGGGAUAUUUGACCGACCUAUGGAGUGUUGAUUUACGUUCUGUCAUUUUCCGAGAAUAUUUUUUGGACACUCUUGUAACACAUUUGUCAUUGGCCUAUUUCUUUUUAAACAAAUUGCUGCGGGCUGAGAAAAUAGCUUUCGUUGCCAGUUUAGUGUUACAUAACCGAGUGGCAUUAGCUGUCCAAGGUGCUGAACUGAACGAAGCCGAUACCGGGACGAGCCGAGGGGAAUUCACAACCUUGCAAGGUCACAGGCCUAUCAUUCGGGGAAGAGGAAAGCCGGGGUUUCCGCCAACUCAACCACCGGGAAUCAGCCGGUCUAUAUUCACACAUUUUUUCAUCAUCCCGUGGUGAAAUACAUUCCUGAGGUGGUCGAUUCAACGGAGAGAAAAUGUCGGGGCAAACGCUCACGGAUCGCAUCGCCGCUGCGCAACACCAGCUAACGGGAUCAGAUAUGGCCCGGGCUGUCUGCAAAGCCACCACUCAUGAAGUGAUGGCGCCCAAGAAAAAGCACCUGGAGUACCUGGUGUCAGCCACCAACACCACCAACGUGAACAUUCCUCAGAUGGCUGACACGCUGUUUGAGCGAGCCACCAAUGCCAGCUGGGUGGUCGUCUUCAAGGCCCUUGUCACCAGUCAUCACAUGUGUGUCCACGGCAACGAGAGGUUCAUUCAGUACUUGGCUUCCAGGACCUCCCUUUUCAACCUCAGCAAUUUUAUCGACAAAACCGGCUCUCACGGAUAUGACAUGUCUACAUUCAUCAGACGGUAUGGACGAUACCUGAACGAGAAAGCCUUCGCCUACCGCCAGAUGGCUUUUGAUUUCACCAGAGUGAAGAAGGGUGCUGAGGGUGUGAUGAGGACCAUGACCACUGAGAAGCUGUUGAAAGGCAUGCCUGUUCUGCAGACUCAGAUUGACACACUCCUGGAGUUCGAUGUUCAUCCCAAGGAGCUGAACAAUGGGAUCAUCAAUGCUGCAUUCCUGCUUCUCUUCAAGGACCUGGUCAAACUGUUCGCAUCCUACAAUGACGGAGUCAUCAACCUAUUAGAGAAAUACUUCAAGAUGAAGAAGAGCGACUGUAAGGAGGCCUUGGAGAUCUACAAGAGGUUCCUGACCAGGGUGACAAAGAUUGGGGAAUUCAUGAAGCUGGCUGAGACAGUUGGAGUUGAGAAAAACGACAUUCCUGACAUCAACUACGCUCCCAGCAGUAUCCUGGAGAGUCUGGAAACGCACAUGAAUGGUCUGGAGGAUGUGAAGGGUGGAAAGAAGGGGGAAGGGUCGCCAACAAAGGGGUCUCCGACAAACAACGUGUCUCCAACAUCGACUCCGGCCAAAUCUUCAAACGCUGUUCCCACACUGCAGCCUCCUCCUGGGGAGAGCGCUGCCGCUGCUGCUGCUGCUGAGCCAGCUGAAGAUUCCUUGUUGGACCUGGAUCCGCUGUCCUCCUCGGGUCCCUCAGGGCAAUCAGCUGCCCCCACGUCUUGGGGAGAUCUUCUUGGAUCAGAAAUGGGCGAUUCCUUGCUAUCUGAACCCACCCUCACGGCAGAGCCCGCCCCCUCCUCUGCAGCAGCAACGCCCACUCCUGCAGCCGCAGAACCUGGAGUCUCUCUAGCUCCUCCCACUAGCACAGCAGCCGCCACCUCCCCUGGCGCCGCCAAUAUGGAUCUGUUGGGAGAUGCCUUUGCAACAUCUGCUCCUUCCACUGAGGCCUCUGUAGCAGCCACUGAAGGUGGGGCCGCUGCCACGUCCGCCCCUGCCGCCAACGCUGGAGCUGAGUCCACAGGAGGAGAUGCCACAGCUGCUGCUGCUCCUGCUGCCCCCGGUGCUGAGCUCAUGUCAGUAUUUGAUGGACUAGGCGAUGUAAUGAAGCCCACUUUGACCCCUCAGGCGGGGGAUGUUGACACCUCCAUGGCUAACAUGGCAAGUAAUCUCACAAUGGGAACCCCAGCGGCACCUCAGGUAGCUCCCCCCUGUUGGGGUGCUCCCAUGCCUGGGGCACCAGGAGCUCCCAUGAUGCCCAUGGUGAGGCCAGGCUUCCCUGCCACUGGAACAACCCCCGGAACACCGAUGUCUCCUGGAGCAGCCCAGAGCCCCAGAAAGCCUGCACCACCGAGGAACGCUCUGGAUGACCUCAACAUUAAGGACUUCAUGUAGACUGGCUGACCUGUAAAAACCCCCAAGGUUUGUCAGUGUGUCUGGAGCUCUGUGGAUGUGGAUGUCUGCACUUCCCCCACCGCCAUCCCCUCAGUCAUGCCCCAGCCCCUUCAGCCAACCAGCCAUUACAUCCACGAUCUUUGCCCUCUGACCUCCUACCAGCCGCCACCCCUAAAAAAGCCCUGUCCUCCUUAUCUAAUGUUGUAGCACAACUGUGAAUGUGAACCCUAGAUACAGAAAAACAAAACUCAGUUUAUGUGUGUGUGGGUGUGUGUGUAAUUCAGUGUUAUCCUUUACUUAAUAUACUAUGGAAAAUGAACAAAAAAAUAAAUAAAUGUGUAUUCAGAUUCAUUCUGGAUUUCCACGUAUCAGCUGACUUGGAAUGGUGGAUAAACGUUGGUUUCUUGACGCAUCUCCCAGACGAGGAUUGUGUUGUUAAAUGUGGAUUGUGUUCGGUGUGUGUAACUUCACUGGCCAACCCCCACCCCCACCCCUCUGCCCCUGUUGUCCAAACUAAUACUGAGCUAUGUUUAUGUCAUUAAAAAAAACUUGGUUGUACCUAUAUCUGCUUGGCCAUCCAUCCUCCCACCUGUCUACUUUCAAAUUUUUGGAGAACAAAUGCACCUGGUAACAACUUGCACUGCAAAUCUGGACUUAUCAUCAAACAUUAAAUUGUGUUCAGUUAAAUUUUUUUUUUUUUUAGGGAUUGUAUAAAACAUGCUAAAAUGUGUGAACUGUGUUCAAAUUGACAUAUGCAUUUUAGACUAUUUUAAAUAAUGGAUUAUAAAUAUUUUCUUUAAUCUUUAUUUUGAGGAAAAAAAUGUAUCAUAUAUUUUUAGUUAUGUCAAAUUGUAUGGUUAAAAAUAAGGAAAGUAGACAAAAAAAAAUUCCCCGCCUUCUUUGUACAUAUCCCUCAAUCUGAAAUCAGAGGCAGUAUUGAAUGGAAACUUUGCCCCGAGUGUUUGCUGUUGGGCCCUCAGCUGGUGUGAAGUGAUACUGCAUCGUAGCAUGCGACACAUGUCAAUCUGGGAAUACUUCUUUCCUUGUCUCGGUCUCCACACAAGAUGACUUAAUGUUAGGGUGGAAAUCAAAGAGACAAGGAAGCAUUUGUGUAUGUGGUUGGGAUGUGGCCUCAGUCCUCUUUGAGUGACGCAGCAGCGGUCGGUACAUUUGUUCAUGUACUGCCACUGGAAGUCCUGAGGACUCUCACUGUAAAGCACUCAAGUAUACGCUGGAUGUUCUGUGUGUUGUUUAUUUCCAAAAGUGACUGUAUCUUAAUCCAUUAUGGCAUUAACAAAGUGUUGAAAGAAAAAUAAAGACGACACAUAAAAAACAACAAUAAUGUGGAUAAAUAAUGUUUGCUAAGUAUUCAAAUGAAGGCUGUGUUGUUGUUUUUUUUUUUUUGGGGGGGGGGGUUAUUAUGGAUGGUAUUGUUCUUUCUUCCUCACCCCCACCUGCAUGUGAGUCCAAAUGAGAUGCAAUAAAAGACAAAUACACUGAUACAAACUA